GACCGACCGACCGAACCGCGCGCGCGACGGCCGUUAAAUUCAAACAGCGAAAGGUACUGAGCUCGCGGACAGCGCCCGCGCGCACUGAUUGUAGUGCGGGAGGAGAGUGGGAGCGCGCACCCGGAGACCAGGCCUCCCCGCUGUCGGUCGCUAGGGGACGGAGGGGGCUCUUUUUGCCUGUUCGACCCUCUGGAAUUUUGCAAACAUGAUGGGAGAUGACAUGGAAACAAAUUCUUUUUGUGGUAUCCAGACAUACCAAACAGAAGGGAUAAACGACUGGUCUUUAAGCAAUAAGGUAGUAACUGUAACACCCUCCAGACCAGAAAUGCCUUUUCAAGUCAGAGGGCAAAAGGGAAGAAUCCUUACCUCUGAAGAAGCCGAGAAGCUCAUGAAAGAUCAGACCUUAGUGUCCAAUUUUAAGCAAAAGAAGCUUGAAAGUGAUGCACAGAAGAACUGGGAUUUAUUUUACAAAAGGAAUAGCACAAACUUUUUCAAAGAUAGACAUUGGACAACCAGGGAAUUUGAAGAAUUGAAAGCAUGUAGAGAGCAAAAUCACUUGUACCAUACUGAACGAUGUAAAGCCUUUCGGUGUGAUCUAACGAAGGACAGUUUACUAGAGAAUAUACCAGCAGACUCUGUGGAUGUUGUAACAUUGAUCUUCGUGCUUUCUGCUAUUCAUCCUGACAAGAUGCAACUAGCAUUAGAAAAUAUCUAUAAAAUACUGAAACCUGGUGGAAGCAUCUUGUUCAGAGAUUAUGGACUGUAUGAUCACACCAUGCUCCGAUUUAAAAAUGGCCACAAACUUGGACCAAACUUUUAUGUUCGUCAAGAUGGAACAAGAUCUUUCUUCUUUUCAGAUGAAUACGUGGCACAACUCCUGACAGCUGCUGGAUAUGAAGUACACGUCAAUGAAUAUGUGUUCCGUGAAACUGUUAAUAAGAAGGAAGGUCUUUGUGUUCCAAGAGUUUUUCUUCAGUGCAAGUUUAAGAAGCCAGAUAGAAACCGAAUAGAUUUAACCUGCUGAACAGUUUAGUGAUGCUCUCUUUUAGAAUUUAAGUUACAAUAUUUGAACUUUCCAUCUUGUAUGUGGAACCCUAGCAGAAUGUAAAAUUUAGGGCGGCACGGUGGCACAGUGGUUAGCACUGCUGCCUCACAGCGCCAGGGACCUGGGUUCAAUUCCCGCCUCAGGUGACUGACUGUGUGGAGUUUGCACAUUCUCCCCGUGUCUGCGUGGGUUUCCUCUGGGUGCUCCGGUUUCCUCCCACAGUCCAAAGAUGUGCGGGUCAGGUGAAUUGGCCGUGCUAAAUUGCCCGUAGUGUUAGGUAAGGGGUAUAUGUAGGGGUAUGGGUGGGUUGCGCUUCGGCGGGUCGGUGUGGACUUGUUGGGCCGAAGGGCCUGUUUCCACACUGUAAGUAAUCUAAUCUAAAGGCAGAGAAAUGUACUCCUGGCACUCUGCCAAGAUUGCAAUGUGAAUGGUUUCUUAAAAAUCUGAAGUAGGAGCAAGGGAUAAGCUGGUGAUCUCAGCUGCUCUGCUUCCUGGGUGAGCAUUGCUGAGUUGAAACUCAAUGUAUCACUACCCAGGUGCAGGAAAGUUAGAAGGGAGAGGAACUCCAGGGCUACUCUAGUGGGCUGCUUAAUGGCAGACUGUGCAGCACUAAUUUGAAUAUAAAUGAGCUGACUGUCUGCCAAAACGGUUCAGCUGAGUCCAAGGAGACCAAAGACCACACUAAUUAAAAUUAGAGAUCUCUUAUAUUUGCAAAAAAAAACACAGCUAAAAUUAUUGUAUUGCGUGAUAUCUGAUUAGAAUUUUUGGAAGUCCUACACCUCUUCUAAUCUAUUUCACUUUUAUAAAGUAUGUGAUGGUGGAGGUUUUAUAAACUUGUGACAUUUGCUAUUCAUUUGAAUAAAGUAGUGUUUUUAAACA